AUGCGACUAACUUUGUCUUGGAAGCAGUCGAUAUUGGCUCUAGUCUUAGCAGCUAUCGUCUUACUUGUGAAUGGCAGUCCUCUACCUCCUACUGAGACCUUUGAAGAGUUCGAGAGAGCACUAUCACGAUUCACGCCGCUCGCCGCCAGCAGCUCACACCAACUUGCAGGGCGCGCAAGCUUCCUAGCCGAUGCCGGUACAAGCUCUCGCUCCAUUAACCCAAGCAUAUGGCAGCCUCUCCAUCCUAGUUGGGCCUUGCACGGUAGAGCCCGUUCUGCGUAUGCUUUUCCUCCGACCUAUCCGCCUGAGCUUCACUAUCGCCCUACUCUUGCUGAGGAUGGCUUUUCCCUCGGCUCUGCUCCAUCUUUGCCAAAUCAGAGUGGAAUGUUCCAGCACGUACAGCCGCAAGCUACAACAGCGGCAGAGGGAUCUCUGGCCCAUGCCCGCUGGCUCUUUACACCCGAUUACGGAGCACAAGAAGCUCAUACUCAUCGGAUCACUCGUCCUGACAUUAAGCUCGACCACAGAGGCCGGAGUCCGGCUGAGUCCCCCAGACCUCCGAAUGAAGAGACGGCUGCACAUCCAGCACCUCACAUAAAAGUCAUGAAGCCUGUUUCGGCACGGUACACUCUAGUCAUCGAGCCUGGUGACGAAGCCAAUGCACUCAUCACUAGUAUGAGGAACAGAAUAGCUGGCAACGUCCCAGCAGUAGCAGGCUCGGCACCCCUCUCGGAACAAAAGCUUGUUGAGUUGCAACCGACCAUUUCUGAAGACAUGGACAAAGUGGCUGUUCGCAUUCUUUGGCAUCGCACUCGUGCCAAGGCAGUCAUUUUGCAAGGUCAACAUGGACCCCGCAGUUUCCUGCUGACUCAUAUCGUCCACCCUGACUUCGCUUCAUCAUUGGACGCGUACGGCUACGUUGGUGUCUGGGAGCUCGAUCCGGCUCACGGAGACGAAAAGGGAUCAUGUACUUGCGUGGGUUCUUUGACUUUUCUGAGCUGA